GCGAAAGAUUUUUACGUUUCUUGUGAUAAGCGCACUGUUUUCUGCAAAUGUAGCUACACUUUACUGUUGCCGUAAUAUUUUCAAGUAAAUAAUUUCACUUUUUUCAAAUAAACAUUUUAACGACACAUAGAAAACUUAAAUCACAGAUAUAAAUAAAAACUUAGUUUAAAAUUUCUUUUUGGGAAAAUACAAACUACUCUAUGAAUAAAACAACCCAGUAACUAAAAGCGGGCAUUUUACUGCUCUUAAGUUCUCUACUAGCAUGGUGUUUUUGCCUUUUGGACAAAUCAUCACACAUAAACUAGUUCCAUCCAUUACUGUGCACGUUUUCACAGGAAAACAAUAAUAACUUCCCAUAUUUUGUUUUUACGUAUGUAGCAGAAACUAUAGUCUUAUAUCAUAUUUGAGUGAAAAAGAAAAAAAGAGAAACAUACUAACAACCGAUAAAGGGAGUAGUUUUAUUACUACCUAUGCUGAUAUACAUAUAGCAGAUACAGAUAGUGUGUUUUCGGUUCCCUUCCGCUGGAUACUGCUCAAAUGCACCAGACCAGAACCGCUCGAUGUGCGUCUUUGACUGUUUAAAUGAAACUGACACAUGAAAAGAUUUAAAAGGGACAAAAUGCAUGCGAAAGCCUCCUUCUCAAAAACACUUAGAGCCUCUCGGCAUGCUUAUGCUAGCCACUCAGCAUCACCUCUCCUGCCUCCCGUCCCGGAAACUCCCCCUCUGCUGUCAGCCCAGUCUACUUUAAAGGCUUCGCCACCUAGAAAACCUGAAAAUGCCUCCGGCGCAAUUUGGAGUACUCCAUCAUUUCAAGCCAAUAAGUGUGAUGUAAAGCAUUGGAAGACGUCGUAUGAAGCGAUUCCUUCUCACAGUCCCGAUGAUGAUGCAUCAGGUGAAACUGAUAAACAGGAGCAAUGCAGUUUUAUUUCUUCAUUUUGUCAUGAUAUAAAACCUUCCUAUCCUGUGGAAAUGCAUGAAGUUCCCGGCGGCGCUCACAGAUUAUGUUCUAAUGGUUUAAGAAGUGUGGAUAUUAUAAAGGAAAACUUCAAAAAGAACAUUUCUGACAAGCGGUACACGGAGAUCGAGUCGCAUUUUACUGCAGAGAGAUCAGAAGAGGAUCUCUUUACCACCAUUUGGAACAUCAAAGAAUGCCACGAUUAUCUUGGACAUCCACAGUUUUUCAGUUCGAAAUCUGAAGAAGAUUUUGCUUAUUUUUUAAUUCAAGCUGAUAUUGUUAGAGAUAGUAACCCUAAAUUAGCUAUGUAUUACUAUAACCACGCAGUUUUGUCAGCUCCAAAUCCUCUAGGAACAAUCGCUAGUGAUUAUCGCAAGAGGUGUGUAGCAUUAAAGAAUGUCAAGCGCAUACAAGGGAAUGAAUUGUCAAAGGUUGAUUUAAGAAAUUUAGAAAACCUGUCAAAGUGUUAUGCAAGCCGUUCUGACUGCUUACUUGCGAUGAAGGAAUAUGAAAAAUGUCUCACUGAUUUGAAUCUGGCAACAAUAUAUGGCUCUUCUGAAGGCAACAGCAAAGAGGAAAUAGAAAGCAAACGAAUGGAGUGCGUAGAAUUCUUGAAACGAACAAAAUCAAAUAUCAUGUUUCAAAGUUCAGCAGCUAAGUUAACAUUUACAAAUCUUAUUGAAAGGUUGAACAAGUGCCUGGUUACUAGAGAACAGAAAUUAUUAGCAGAUCUUUUAUCAAGCCCACUUCAGAAUGAAAUUAUAAAGGCGAGAAGAGAUGUUCAUGUGUCUGGCAUUCAAGCAGAACUUAGAAGUUGCAAUGCAACUCUACCAAAACUAAGCAGUUCAGUUGGCCUGGCCUGCAAUUCCAUUAAAGGGAGAUCAAUCAUUGCCCAAAACGACAUUACUCCUGGAGAUGUAUUAGCAAUAGAUUCUUGCUAUGUUUCUACACUGUACAAUUGUAACCAGAACAUUUUCUGUUAUGCUUGCUUUGCAAGGUGUUUAGCUGUUCAUCCCUGUCCCAGUUGUGCAAAGGUGGCAUUUUGCAGUAUAGAUUGUUGGGUUAAAGGCAUGGUUGGCGACCACUUUCUAGAAUGUAAUCAAUUUUCAUACUUGUCUGCUCUACAGAAUAACUCUGUGGAUCAUGCAAUAUCAAGUCUCGCUUGCAAGAUCCUACUCAAAGAAGGCUUUCCACAUUUAAGCAAAAUAAUUUCUAAACUGAAGAGAGAAGAGAAAGAACUAUCACCCAUACUUCGGGGUUAUAAUGAAGAGGGAAAAUUCACUUCCGAAGACUUUGAAAACGUCUACCACAUGGUCAAUCAUAAGGAAAAUCUGUCAAACUCGGAGAUCUUCGAUAAAUGUAUAACAGCUUUUCUUCUGCUUAAAGCAUUAAUAGCCUCUCAAACAUUCUUCUGUGAUUUAAAUGGAGUCAUGUUUAUUCCUUCAAGUAGAGACAUCAACAUGGCUGGAACAAUACUUUUAAGAUUGUUGCUAAGUCUUCCCUUCAGUGCCCAGGAAAUUGCAAGAUAUGAGAUUUCUGAUGCUGAAGAUGAGACUCUACCUGUCACGGUCCUAGGUGCUGGAGUUUUCCCAACCUUAUCUCUGAUUAACCAUUCAUGUAACCCAACAGCGCUAGCUUACUUUGACGGUAAAAUGAUGUUCUUAAGAGCUAUAACCUUUAUUUCAAUGGGGGAAGAAAUUACAUACAAUUAUAUAGGAAACUAUGGUGAAGCAACACUUAACGUUCGAAAGGCCCGUUUGGUGAAGUACUUCGUUAAUUGUCGCUGUGAAGCUUGCAAUGAAAACUGGCCUCUCUUCAGUGAUUUGGCUAACCUUCAGAUUCCCUGCCUAAACUGUCACUCUGCUGUGCCUCUCACCGAAAUCAAUCCAGUUUGUCCUCAAUGCGAACUUAAAUAUAAACCAAAUAUUCGAUCUCAGGCUACUUGGUGGAAGACUAUAGCAGGUAUCAAGAUUGCCAGGGAACGCUAUAAAUUUGUUGUUAUGAAGCUUACUUUAAAUAAACCUUUAUCUAAACAAGACUACUCUGCCGUAACAAACUAUGUAAAGGUCCUAAAAAAGAAAAGCAGUUUGCCAAAUAAGCAGUAUUAUUGUGCUCAGCAUUUUUUGCAGAGGUUGUUUGUCAGACAUCUGUGAUCUGUCAUUGAUGCUCACAUCCAUAAUCCAUACUUCACCUUCUGUCUUGAUAUAGUAUUUUAAUUAAGCUUUCAUGGAGACAAUUUUUAGUCAACGCAGAAGUGCAGUGUGAUAUUCAUUUACAGAUGCUUAUUAUACAAUAUUGUCCACUAAUUAUAUCAGGUCAAGAUUUUUGUUAUUCUAGAAUUUUUUAGAUUGUUAGUAUAUAAUGCUCUUUAAUCUGUUGGAGCGGUAUACUACUAGUAAAUGAAAUCUGAAAG